UAAGAUUCUGAUUUGUGGGCUCAUCCAGUGAAGGCAAUUUGCAUUAGAUUUAAGCCUACUUUCCAUCGCUAAAUGAUAGUGAUUCUUUUAAUUCAAAGCAUAUAAUCAUGAAUCGCCCAGCUUACAAGUCACUGCAUGGCAUCUUUUAGUACAAGUUGUAAAGGACGAAGCACAAGUUGAAUCAAAUCAAGAUGCCGCGCAAAUCAACGUAGACGAUCCAUUAUAGGGAGUACUUAAAAGGAAAAAGCUCAACAAGUAGGCGCAUUAUUCCUUUAAUCAGUGGCUAACUUUUGUUGCCGCCAACCAAAAUGGUUAAAAAAAACAAAAACACUAAAUAUAGAGGACAGAGAAAUGAAACUCUAUGGUGGCUGUCAAGCUUUAACUUAAUGAAUCAAGUUUGCAGCAGCAGUACUUUGAACAACCCCAAUGAAACAUUUUCUACCUUUUAAUUACAUUAAGAUUGAAAGUUUGGGCAGAGAGCCAUUGCAAAAUAUGGUGCACGAUUGAUCGUUCCCGUAGAUGUUAAAAAGAAGCCAUGGGAGCAGAAACUUCCACUUCAAAAUGGCACCCAGACAUACCACCAGUCGCAGAGGUAACAGUGGGAGAGCUUUCCGAGGUUGAGAUCGUGGAUUUCAGUGGAGGUGGAAUCACGAAGGAAUACGCCGCAGAGGACAUCAAGAACGCUGAUCCCUCUACCGAAUUGCUUGAAAGGAAUUUCAUAAAAAACAGAUGUAAGAGCAAGCGAUGAUGCAGAUAUAUAAAGUCUCAGUCCGAACUUCAAAAGUAAAAGUAGUAGGAGUCAGAAAUCCAAGACAAUAAAGCUACAGAACCAGAAUCAUGUACUCCUACUAAUUAUUAACUCCUCUUCCAACGAUUUUGUUUGGUUAACAUAAUAAUUUUACAAAAAAGAUCACAUUCUCAAGCUCUCUGCAUCUCCACUGGUGUAUUUAUGGCUCCUUCAACCACAAGACUAGUACUGCCAACAGACUUGAAGAAUCAGCCUCUGGAGCAAAAACUCCCUAUCCACAACCGUUGGUCCCGAAAUACCACCGAUUGCAGAGGUUGCUGGUGGGGUCUUUCCAGUAGAGAUGGUAGACUGGACAGGAGGUAUGAUCGAGGAUGAUGAUUCUGCAGUUGAUGUAAAAACCAUUGACCUAUCAACUACAUGCAAAAAAAUAUACGACGAAGUAGGAGAACAAAGUAGUGCCUGGUUCAUUAUCUCAAUUUCUCAAUCAGAGUUUUGGACAAGGAUGGGAACCCAGCAAAGCCAGAUGUAUCUUUUGCUAUCAUGCUGUCCAUGUGAAGGAAGGAUUUCUGGAAAAGUCGAUUCUCCUAAUGCUGGUGCGACCUUUGCAGUCCCAACAGCUAUCUGUGAUCAGGUAGUUAAUUGACAUCCUAUCUCCAGAUUAACAUACAUUCUCAAAUGGAAUGCAUGACGUUCUAUUAUCUGGUACCCAAGGGAGAAUUGAACUGAAGAGCUAUGCUAUUCCUUACCAUAAUCCCAGACACUACUGAUGCGAACCCCAGUUGACUGGAUAGUUCACCUAUUCAAACAAUCACGGUAUAUAAGAGUUUGCUUGUAACCUGCAUGAACCUUAAUAUCCUCACAGCAAACAAGAAUCCUCAUAAUGGAAAAGCAAGGAAUAGUAGUUAUCAGCAGCGAAGAUUUGAAGACAGGAAAAUGUCAUCACUUUGCGUCCUUGUGAUUGAUUUUCUGGGUUUUGAAAUGGUGUGGAUGAGUGCACUGUGGAGGAUAUUCGAUUAAGUGAAAGGAUAAUGUGUUGAUAUAUAUAUAAAAAAAAAAAAAGUCGAAAAAAUAAACUUAGGACUUCAAAAUAUUUAAAAAUAAAGUAACAAGAGGAUGUUAGCUCCUUUGAACCUUUUGUAUUAAAUCUUAUGUUUUGGUAACAUGCCACUACAAGCAUGCUGAAGAAUAAA